GGGUUUCACUCAGCUCAGAUGUUGCUAAAAAGAGUCGUUUUACGAUAAGAGGACGUUACAUGCCUCUACACACUAAUUCUAAUUAUGUCAGACCAGGCAUAUCUCCAGAUCAUCCCAUGUUUGGCCGUUACCUGAGCACAGUGAGCUUUCCACCAGCUCAGACCGUUUACAACCACUGGAGACACUGGUAUCAGCCUAGUUAUUUAUGGUGGACUCAACCACCUCACCGGCAGCAUCCCUCUUCCUCCUUCAGCACUGUCAGACACCUCUCCAACAGGCCCCCGAGACCUCCGGAUCCGUACAACUGGAGUUCCUGGAGGCGAUCUGAAAUAUUGCCACACACUCAACCCAGACGAGGCCUUCACCUUUCUGCAUUUCUGAUGGACCGCUCUGAUCGGGAGCCACCUCCAAAGAGGAGGAAGAGCGCGGAUGGGAGGCCGGCAGUGGAAAGAUCUCAACGCUCACCCGAAUGUAUACCUCCAAAUGGCAGCAGGAGUCCAAAGGGAAGUCCUGAAUGGCUACGAAGUGUAACCGGUAUUACAGUGCCUCCUGGGAAAUUUCCUUCGAGCCCAGAGAGGAUUGCAGCCACACCAGAGUUGAAGAGACAAUGGGAGGAUCUUUCUCAACUUUGUAAUGCUGCAUCUGCGAAAGGAGGGAAACAAAAAGGGCCAUUUGAUUUUUCUGUGAUGUCCUACAAUAUCCUCUCGCAAGACCUGCUCUGUGAUAACACGUACCUUUACAGACACUGUGAUCCUCCCGUUCUGGACUGGCGUCAUAGGUUUUCCAACAUCAUCAAAGAGCUGGAACAACACAGUGCUGAUAUAAUGUGCCUGCAGGAGGUGCAAGAGGACCACUAUAAACAACAAAUCAAACCCUCGCUAGAAUCUUUAGGCUACCAUUGUGAAUACAAACGGAGAACGGGACUUAAGCCUGACGGAUGUGCUGUGGUCUUCAAACGUGAGCGCUUCUCUUUGGUCUCCUGUCAUCCUGUGGAGUAUUUCCGGCGUGGCAUCCCUCUCCUGGACCGUGAUAACGUGGGCCUGAUUGUUCUGCUGCGGCCCGUUGACCCUCAUAGCUCUCUCACCAACGUCUGUGUGGCCAACACACAUUUACUGUACAACCCUAGGCGCGGUGACAUUAAACUGGCCCAGCUGGCUAUGCUGCUGGCAGAGAUAACCCGGGUGGCCCAGUUACCUGACAGCAGCGUUUGUCCUGUGCUGCUCUGUGGGGAUUUUAACUCCAUUCCCUGGUCUCCCCUGUAUCGCUUUAUUAAGGACAGCAGACUGGACUAUGAUGGCAUAACUAUUGGGAAGGUGUCAGGACAGGAGGAGAACCCAAGAGGGCAGCGUAUUCUAACUGUGCCAAUUUGGCCCAAAUGUCUGGGCAUCUCUCAGCAGUGCCAGUACGAAAGCCAAACAACAGAUUCUGAUUUGAAGGAUUUGGAGCAAACAGAACUGGAUGGUUUCACCGAGCCCAGCAUAGAGCACGGUUUAAACCUGACCUCUGCGUACUCCCACUAUCUUAAAGAGAGCGGUCAAUCUGAGAUCACCACAUGUCACUCACGUACAGCCAUCACUGUCGAUUACAUCUUCUACUCCGCAGCUCUGGGGGAUGUGAUGGCUCAAGCAGAAUGCAGUGUGCCACCAGAGAAGGGUCUGCAGCUGCUGGGCAGGUUAGCCCUGGUCGGGAAAGAUGAACUCCAUGAGGUUAAUGGCCUUCCCAACCAGCAUAACUCCUCUGACCACCUGCCGCUUUUGACACGCUUCCGUCUAAACCCUUGAGCUGAUGGCUGACAGAACAAAAAGUGUUUGCGAUGAUCCUACAGCCUUUAAAUCCUUUUGUGGCCAGAAGAUAAAUUGUUUAACAAACUCACAGUACAAUGUAAAUCGUUUUUUCACACCAGCAAAGAAAUGAUUCACAGAUUCUCUUAAAGGAAU